CUUCAGCCCAAGUAAAGGUACGAAGUAUUUAGUCUCAAUCAUCCGUUCAUCAACAAAUCUCAUCCGGUGCACCUCGGCUGCUUUAGCCAUGACUGCACCCCAUGUGUCAAUGCCCCGGUUAAUACACAAAUGUCUCCGCCGAUUAACCUUUGCUAGACGUCCUUCACUGAUUAUACAACACCACCCUGCAAGUUAUUGUUAUCUUGACCAGCAUUGGGCAAAACACAAUUCUUCAAUUGCAACAACACAAAACACUGCUACCUCUGCAAGGAUGACAUCGGAGAAGGGUAGUCCUAAGCCGAAACCGAAACCGUCAGUCCCGCGGCCAAGUUCAAGUGUUGUACUCAUUUCACCUAAAAAUGAAGUACUUUUGCUUCAUCGUGUCAAAACAUCUACGUCAUUUGCCUCGGCUCAUGUCUUUCCAGGAGGCAACCUAUCUGACCAGGAUGGACAGUGUCCACCAGUCGAAGAUCCAAAAAGGCACGACGAUGCCUUGUGGUAUAGGAAUGCCGCUCUUCGAGAGCUCUUUGAAGAAAGCGGCAUACUCCUCGCUAAGGAUCAGAGCUCAGGAGAGAUGUUAGUAGUCUCGGAACGGAAGAGGGAAGAGGGAAGACGGAGAAUCCAUCGCAAUGAAGUGACUUUCGCCGAGUGGUUAAAGCAACAGAAUCCUGCCGCGGUUCCAGACACAGAACAAUUGAUUCCUUUUACACGCUGGAUUACUCCUACAAAUGUACCCAAGCGAUACUCGACGCAGAUGUAUUUGUACUUCUUGCCUUUGCCUCUUAAGUCGGAGAAUUCGCUCCUCAGCGAAAUUCCCGCCGAAGGAGAGCGGGAAGAAAUCCAGGUUCCUUCGAGCGAUGGCGGUGUUGAAAUUACUGAGGCCAGGUUCCUCCCUGCUUCUGAAUGGCUCCGGAUGGCUAGCUCUGGUGAAGUCGUUAUGUUCCCGCCGCAAUAUCUCUUGUUACAUCUCGUGUCACAAUUCCUAGACCAACAGCCUCGAGUACCCGAUUCCGUAGACGAGUUGAGAAGACGACGAACCGAGCUGGUGAAUUUCGUACAUACGGGCAGUCCUCCAUGGACUCAGAAGUGCAUAUCUCCCAAGAUGCUCAAAGUUGCAUCCGAUGGACGGACAGUUCUAGCGUUAGAUCACCCCGGGCCAGAACUGAAAGGAACGGAUAGACAGGGCGAGCCUGACAGGGUUGUACUAGUGAAAUUCACAAAGGGAACAGCUCAGCAAGUGGGAGUGCGAUGGAAGAAAGACGUCUUAUCCGAAGCAAAGGAGAAUAGCAAUCUGUGAUUGAAUAUCUGCAUGUCAUAUGUACAUACUAAAGAUGGCAGUAAAUUACCGAUCACAGUCAAGUACAAACCAACACCCAAUUAAGUAACCCUACAGCCACAAGGACCCACCAGCCACCCACCCAGCGCCACACACACUCUUCAACCCUCGACAAAAAAUCACAUGACCCACACAACUGUCGACUAAGGAAACGCCCGAAAGAGUCGCGGAUUUUCA